AUGCCGUCGAUCGUCGGCGGCGGAGGUUGGCGCCUCUUCUCCGCGGACCGGGGUAUGACCUCGCUACGCCGCCGCCAGAGCCCGCUCUUCUCGUCCCUCGCCGGCGGCGGAGGCGACGCGCCGCAUCUGCCUGUGGUCAUCGUCGGGGCCGGCCCCGUCGGGCUCGUCCUCUCCUUCCUCCUCACCAAAUUCGGCAUCAAAUGCACGGUUAUAGAGAAGAGCAUGGAGUUCACUCGGCACCCCCGAGCGCAUUUCAUUAACAACCGCACUAUGGAGAUUUUCCGCAAAUUUGACGGCUUGGCUGGGGACAUCGAGAAGGCUCAGCCGCCAGUGGAUUUGUGGAGAAAGUUCGUGUAUUGCACUUCACUCUCUGGGUCUGUUCUCGGUUCAGUUGAUCACAUGAAGCAGGAAGAUUUUGACAAGGUCAUUAGUCCUAUAUCGGUUGCACACUUCUCACAGUACAAGUUAGUGGAUUUGCUGCUCAAUAAAUUGGAAGGCAUUGGCUUCCAUACAUGCUUUCCUGAUGAUAUUGGCGGCAGGUUGACUCGAGAUUUAGUGUUGGAGAACAAGAUACUGAUGGGACAUGAGUGUAGUUCCAUUCAACUAACUGAUGAGGGCAUUUUGCUUGGAGCAUCAUUUAACAAUGGGGGAACUAUGCAAGAGAGAAAGCUUCACUGUGGCCUUCUUCUAGCGGCAGAUGGUGCUAAAAGCACAGUGCGUGAACUGGCUGGUAUAUCUAUGGAAGGUGCAAGGGACUUGCAGAAAUUGGUCAGCGUGCAUUUUCUGAGCCGAAAUCUUGGAAAGUAUUUAUCUAGUGAAAGGCCUGGGAUGCUGUUCUUUAUCUUCAACCCUGAUGCAAUUGGUGUGCUGGUGGCACAUGACCUAGAGCAUGGGGAAUUUGUAUUGCAGAUUCCAUUUUAUCCUCCUCAACAGAUGUUUGAUGAUUUCAGCAUAAAGGUGUGUGAGCAAAUUAUUGUCAAAUUGGUAGGAUGGGAGCCAGCAGAUGUUCAGGUUUUAGACAUAAAACCAUGGGUGAUGCAUGCUGAAGUUGCAGAGAAGUACACUGGCUGCAAUAAUCGUGUGAUCCUUGUUGGUGAUGCUGCUCACCGGUUUCCCCCUGCUGGUGGUUUUGGAAUGAAUACUGGUGUUCAGGAUGCACAUAAUUUGGCCUGGAAAUUGGGUUUACUGCUAAAUGGUGUUGCUGGACCCUCAAUUUUACAAACCUAUGAAUCAGAGCGCAAACCUGUAGCCAUUUCUAACACAAAACUUAGUGUGCAAAACUUCAAAGCAGCAAUGUCUGUUCCUGCUACCCUUGGUCUUGAUCCAACUGUUGCGAACUCAGUGCAUCAAGUAAUCAACAGCAGCUUAGGGUCAGUCAUUCCAAGAAAUUUACAGAAGACGGUUUUGGAAGGGUUGUUCUCCAUUGGUCGGGCACAAGUCUCGGACUACAUUUUGAAUGAGAAAAACCCCAUUGGGUCCUUGAGACUGGCAAGAUUGAGAAGUAUUCUUGAUGAAGGAAAAAGUCUACAGUUACAGUUCCCGGCAGAAGAUCUUGGCUUCCGCUAUGAAAAAGGAGCCCUAGUUGCUGAAGAUUGUGCUGAAACUGCUCAGCAAGCAGAAAAACUGAAGCAUAUUAAUAGGUCAUCUGGAGAGUACAUCCCAUCUGCUAAGGUUGGUUCACGGCUACCACACAUGCUGGUGAAAACAUUAUCUUCUUCGAGUGAGGGUGUGCUCUCAACAAUGGACCUAGUAAGUGGGGAUAAAGUCCAGUUUGUUCUCAUUGUCGCACCACUGAAAAAGUCGUAUGAGCUUGCCUGUGCUAUGCUGAAGAUAGCAGAAGAGCUCACGUUAUCAGCCAAAGUAUGUGUUAUGUGGCCACAAGGUUCAGUUGAUGCAAAAGUGAGAGGGAGCAGAUCUGAAUUGGCACCCUGGACAAACUAUGUCGAUGUCGAGGAAAUACCUAGGGCAUCUGAUAACUCAUGGUGGGAGACAUGUCAGGUAAGUAAGAACAAAGUAAUUUUGGUUAGGCCUGAUGAGCACAUAGCAUGGAUAAAAGAAUCUGACAUGGUGAGAGAUGCUGAUUCAGAAGUUAGGAGAGUCUUUUCUCAAAUUUUGUGUUUAAAUAGGCAGCAGGUGUAAGAAUGCCCAGAUUUCCGUUCAGUAACUGAGAUGUGCCAUUAGCGUGGCAUGCUGCAUUACUUGCAGGGGCAAAAGGCAUGCGCAUGAUAGUCAGUUAGUUUGUUGAAUUUUGUAUAUAAAAGGAGGAUAACCCCUGGCCUCCUCCUAUCUAAAUACUCUGGGAGGAGGAUUCAGUGAAGUUACCGCAGGUGACUUUGGGUGGCUGACAUGUGGGUCCCACAGUGUGCUGGCCCACAUGUCAGUAACCCAAAGUCACCUGCAGUACUUCAUACAUUCGAGCUGAACUACCCAGAGAUUUUACAUCAGUGUGAAUAAAAUUUAUCUUUCUAUUUACAUAUUUUA